UUUCAACAGCAGUAACAGUUACUCAGCCACCUGGGUAGCUUUCUAGACAAAAUAGCCAAACCAAUAAAGAGCUUUAGACGCUUUAUAGUAUAUUAGCCACUGUGUUUUAAACCCACUUCUGUCGUGUAACGUAGUUAGUUAUCCGUUUUAAUUUAAUAUGUACGGUGUUGUUGUUAUUAGUCAGCUGGCGGGCUGGUUAAGUUAGCAUUAGCAUAGCUAGCUAACAUCCCCAACCAUGAGUUCACUAAGCUACUCUCCUCCUGCUGAAGAAGAGAAGGUGUGCUGGACGGAGAAAGAGGGUAUGUGGCUGAACGUUGUUGUGAAAGAGGAAGAGGAGGAUGUCACAAUACAAAAACAAGUAGAGGGUGAGGCUGUUACAGUGAAAGAAGAAGAGAAAGACGUUUCAGUGAAAGAAGAGGAAGACGUGUUCAGAAUGAAAGAGGAGGAUGUUACAGUGAAAGAAGAGGAAGAUACAUGUUUCGGAGUGAAAGAGGAGGAUGGGGAGAUUACUGUCACAUUGGGAGAAGAAGAGGAUGAAACUGGAUAUCUGGGCCCGGUUUCCCAAAGGCAUGUUAUGGCAUCCAAUGGUUCUAACGUUGAACGGGCCCUGGUUAACACUAGAGAGAGACGGGACUAUCGUGGAUCCUCUGGGGAACCUCAACAACAUCAUGAUGCUGAGGAGGCAGAGAAGAGUCUCUCCAGAUCAGAACUCCUCAAGAAACACCAGCCGAGACCCACAGGGAAGAAAUCCAAUUGCUGCUCUGAAUGUGGGAAGAGAUUCAACUCUAAAGUAGACCUUAAAAUACAUCAAAGAAUUCACACAGGAGAGAAAUCUUUUGGCUGUGAUCAAUGUGGGAAGACAUUUAUUCGGCUACAAACCCUGAAAUCACACCAGAGAAUACACACUGGAGAGAAAUCUUAUGGCUGUGAUCAAUGUGGGAAGAGUUUUACUCAGCUAAACAACCUGAUAGUACAUCAGCGGACACACACAGGAGAGAAACCAUAUAGCUGUGAUCAAUGUGGGAAGAGUUUUACACAGCUAAACAACCUGACAGUACACCAGCGGACACACACAGGAGCGAAAUCUUAUGGCUGCGAUCAAUGUGGAAAGAGUUUUACUGCAUCAAGCUCCUUGAUAGUCCACCAGAUAACACACACAGGAGAGAAAUCUUAUAGUUGUAAUCUAUGUGGGAAGAGUUUUACUAGGUCUAGCUGUCUAACUAUACACCAGAGAACACACACAGGAGAGAAACCUUUUAGCUGUAAUCAAUGUGGGAAGAGUUUUACGAGGUCUAGCUGUCUAACUAUACACCAGAGAACACACACAGGAGAGAAAUCUUUUAGCUGUGAUCAAUGUGGGAAGAGUUUUACUACAUCUAGCCAGCUGACAUUACACCUGAGAACACACACAGGAGAGAAACCGUAUAGCUGCGAUCAAUGUUGGAAGAGUUUUACUACAUCUAGCCAGCUGACUUUACACCUGAGAACACACACAGGAGAGAAACCUUAUAACUGUGAUCAAUGUGGGAAGAGUUUAACUCGGUCAAACAGCCUGAUGUCACACCAGAGAAUACACACUGGAGAGUUACCUUAUAGCUGUGAUCAAUGUGACCAGAGAUACCUUGAUAAAAGAUCUCUGAUUAAACAUCAGAAAAUACAUGCAUGAAGGAGUUGUUUCAUGAUAUCAAUGAAAUGUCACAAUGUAGAAUGGUUUAACAUUUUAGUAGGAGUAUUUCAAUAACCUCACAACGUUUCAACAGCAUGUACAACCUGAUUUCCACCAAACUUGAUUUCAGUGAUGUAUUGCUACUUGUCAAAACAGCAGCAUUUCUGGUGCUUGUGCAGUGUAUAAGGAGCUUGUUUAAAAUUAAUAUGAUUAUUGUGGCAGAUGUUUGUGUAUACAUAGCACUUUUUAUGUUUAGGUUUUCAAUAUAUCACAACUGUCUGCAUAAUAUUGGUUAUUGAUUUCGACACGUUAAAGCUGGGGCCAUCCCACCUAGCAAAAUGUAAUUGAAAAGAAGACUAUGCCCGACUUCCAAACACAUUCGGUUUUAGUCUUUUCGGGUCAUUUUUUCACUUACUUGAAAAAACUUAUUUUUCAACGUACUUGCAGCCUGAACGCAGUAGAAUAAAUUAGUCUAUAAUUAAUUGUAUUAACAAUGUGACAUCACUCCAGAAUUUCUUGACAACAUUCAAGUGCUAAUGGUCUUUAUUCCACUACUGAAGAAGCAUGUCUCAAAUCACCUAAUUUUUCAAACAUCCAGCCUGACAAAAGAUACAUGUUUUAUUAUUCCAUGCCUCACCACUAAGUGAAUUAUUGCCAAUACAUGUUAACAAAGGGGUGUACAUUUAGUUUUGAUAUUUCAUAUUUACAAUUCAUGUAACAUUUAGUAAUCAUAAUUAUUUAUGCAACAAACUGACAAUUUUGGGGUGCAAUUAUAUUGACAUUGUUGCCCUGCUUUUAAAAUAUCAGGGUUUAUUCUCAGAUGUGCCAAACCAAAUGUACUAGAGCAUGACAUUGGGGACUGGGCCCCGAUCCAACAACGUGCCUAUCGAGUGAACCCUGAAAAGAGAUACAAGCUCUGCAGUGAGAUGGAAGGUUAAUACAGAUAUUGCAAAAGUUUGUACUUGAAAUCAGACAUGUCUGUGGUAAGGACAACUUGGUUGCUGAUUGUCUCGGGUUGUCCGUCAAUAUUUGUUUUGCAUUUAGCCAGUGCGUUACCAUGGAUCACAAUUUAUUUUUGACACAUUUUUCCAUAUUGGACAUGGGUUUUUAUCUCUUAUUCUUUUCUGUAUUUUAGGGGGACGAGAAUUCAAGAAGCAAGUGAGUUUGAGGAAGACGAGUGUUCUAGAAACUAGUGAGUUAGGAUUCUAUAGAAAUAAAAAGGAGAAAAGAUACAAUUGUAUAUUAUUAUUUAGAAAUGUGUUUUUAGUUUUUAACUGUGGACAGACAGUAGACGCAAUGUUUAUAUUGUGGAAGGUGAAGCGUUGCAGUUGAUUAUAAUAUGAAAUGGAAGUUGUUCUCUGUUGGUGGUAAGAAACAUGUUCAACAAAAAUAUAGGAUAUAUUUGUUGUCUUAAGGUGGAAGGUGUUACAGGCUUUGGUUUUUCCAUUAAUGUUUUGAUGUUGGACUUUAGCACGUAGGAAAGGGGGUUACCUCGUCAGUUGUACAACUGAAUGCAUUCAACUGAAAUGUGUCUUCGGUGCACUGAUUGGUGUCACCUCAUUAGUCAGUAUGUGUUACACCUGUGCUGGCUUGUCCAUCU